AUGGCCUUCACCACAACAACCCACACCAUCCCCGCCUCCUACCCCCGCGAGCACCUCCGCGGCACCACCCCCCACUCCCCCCGCCUCCACCUCGUUAUAAACCAAUACACGCCCCUCUCCGCCUCUCCCCCCUCGCCGGGGGACCUAACCCUCCUCUUCUGCCACGCCAACGGCUUCCCCAAAGAGCUCUACGAGCCCUUCUUCAUCGACCUGCUGUCCACCUACAGCGCCAGCGGCCUGCGCAUCCGCUCCAUCUGGGCGCUCGACGCCGCGCACCAAGGCGCCUCCGGCAUCCUCAACGAGCGGCACCUCGGCGACGAGCCCUCGUGGAACGACCUCCCGCGCGACAUUCUACAUGUCGUCAACACGUUUGCAGCGCAGAUGCCGGCGCCGCUUGUGGGCGUGGGGCACAGCUUUGGGGGGCAUGCAGUGGUGAAGGCGGCGCUGAUGCAUCCAGGGCUGUUUGAGGCGCUGGUGCUGGUGGACCCCGUGGUGGAGGAGAAUGAGGUGUUCCCGCAUGUGGCGAUGCAUCCGGCGGUGGCGUCGGCGCGGAGGAGGGAUGUUUGGGGCGGGAUGGAGGAGGCGGAAAAGUUUAUUAGGGGGAGACCGUUUUAUAAGCGCUGGGAUCCGAGGGUGCUGGAGCUGUAUCUGAAAUACGGCUUCCGCGCGCUCCCAACCGCAAUCUACCCCGACGCCACCGGCGUCACCCUCGCAACCACAAAGCACCAAGAAGUAUACACCUUCCUCCGGCGCAUGCCUGACGGCACCUUCGGGCGUCCCGAGCCGGGCGUGACCUUCCGGGCGCUGAAGCAGCUUGUUCCGCCAGUCCUGUACAUCGUCGGCAGCGAGUCGACGGUGUGCUUGCCGGAGGUGAACCAGCGGAAGAUGGAGAACACGCCCAAGGCGGAGAUGGAGGUUGUGGAGGGUGCUGGACACCUUGUUCCGAUGGAGGCGCCAGGCGAGACGGCGGCGUUCGCGGCGAGGUAUUUGGUGAGGCUGGUGAAGAGGUGGGGGAAGGAGGUGGAGAGGGAUGAGGAGGUGGUGAGGGAGAGGGUGUUGGGGGAGGAGUGGUUGGGGUUGUUGGCGAAGUUGUAG